AUGAAGAUUGUCAGAAAUCCAGUGGUCAGUGUCAUCAUAAGUGUGAUAAUACUCUUCACUUUAUACUAUUCUUUAUCUUCAACUUCUUCCUUAUCAGAACCAAAACCAAUAGCACCAUCAACAAAAUCAAAUGAAUUAAUUAAAGAUGAUAAAGAAAUAGUAAAUACACCAUUCAUGCCCAAAAUGGCAAAUGAAACAAUCAAAGCAGAAUUAGGAAGAUCAUCAUGGAAAUUAUUUCAUACAAUAUUAGCACGUUACCCCGUAACACCAACAGAAAAUGAACGAGAAACUCUUGAUCAAUUUAUUCAAUUAUUUGCCAAAAUUUAUCCAUGUGGUGAUUGUGCACAACAUUUUAAUAAAUUAUUAGAUGAAUUCCCUCCACAAACUUCUUCAAGAUCUAUUGCAUCUGUUUGGGGUUGUGAUAUUCAUAAUAAAGUUAAUAAAAGGUUAAAUAAACCUUUAUAUGAUUGUGCACAUAUUAUUGAAGAUUAUGAUUGUGGAUGUGGUGAAGAUGAAGAAAAUGCUAAAAAAGAAGCAUUUGAAAUAGAAAAAGAAGGUAAACAAUCAGGAGGGUGA